AUGAAUUACAGGACUGUUAUCAUGUAUGCUGAAAUAGGUUGUUUUGUCACCUGUGUGUGUGGAUGGAUCUUGGUUUGUUCAACUAUAGCAAUAGAACAAUGGACAUACUCUUCAGUGGCAAGGACGGUCAUCACCACUGCCCACUUCUUUUCCAACCUCUGGCAAGACUGCACCUCUGAUUCUACUGGGAAGACUGACUGCAAGGAGUUUCCAUCAUUGCUUGAUUUGCAGAUGUACAUCCAUUUGUGUCGAGCUCUAAUCAUAACCUCCAUAAUCCUGGGAUUGUUUGGAGACAUUCUGGCCUUAGUAGGAAUGAAGUGUACCAAACUUGGAGGGUCUGAAAUGAUGAAUGCAAGAAUUACUUUCACUGCAGGGAUGAUUUAUUUUGCAUCAGGUUUUUGUGCUAUGUUCGCUUUCAGCUGGUAUGGAAAUAAGGUUAUUUCAGGGUUCCUGGAUCCCAACCAUCGAACACUAAAGUAUGAAAUAGGAUCAGCGUUAUUUAUUGGUUGGGGUGGCUCUGCACUUCUCAUAGUUGGAGGAUUCCUAUACAGCAUUUUUGCAGGAAUGGAGGGCUGCCAGUCAAGCCCAAAGGGACUAGUGUCCUCUGCAUAUGAAGUUCCGUCUUCUGAUACGCUGGAACCAAGCAAACAAGCACUCACACUUCCACCAUCUCUUCUGACUGACAUGGAAAGAAGAAAGUCUAAGCACUUCAGCCAAGCCUAUCAGAAGGAUGAAUAUGUUUAA